AUGGAAGCCGCACCUCCAUACAAGACAGUUAUCACGCGCCGGCAAACAAAAAUCAACUUAUUUGUAAGCACAACUAAGUCUACAUUCCUAAACAGCCUCGCGAACGGCACGUCAUUAGCGAGUAACGACUCGCAGGGUUCGAAGUUGGCCCGUAAAUUCGGAUCGAGCGCGUGCGGAACGAGUAACGUGGCGCGUUGGAACUUUUAUAAACGUCACCCCCCAUCCCCCAAACGGGCGAAACUCGAAGUUUUUUACGCGGCUAAUAAAUCUCGAUGGCGGGAAAUGAGUGCGGCGGGGGUCCCCCCACCGCCUUCCCCAACGGACCCGUCGGAGUGGAAGCUGCCUGUCCCUCAAAGCCUCGGGGUCUGCGAUAUGGCUUCGCUC